UCUCCGGUGGCUAGUUGCGAACAAGAGGAUGAAGGAUGCUAUUAAAAUAGUUAAGAAAGCUUGCAAGAUGAACCACAAAGAUUUUGACACAGUAUGGCAGACAAUAAAAGAGAAAUCUAACGCCAUGAAUGUAUAUAACGAAACUGAACAAAGGGAAAGGGCAACAUUGCUCAAUGAACCGGAAGUCAUUUACGAGAUGGACAGACCGAGACUAUUCCAGGUUUCUAAACAUGACCAAGAAGACGAGAGAACGUCUCCUGAUGCGGCUAUGAAAGUUUCUUUCUUAGAUGUGCUAAAAACCCGAACAUUACGACCCAUGACUUUGAUACUCUGCUACACAUGGUUUAUCAACGCGAUGACGUACUAUGGGCUGACCCUCCUCUCCUCGAGAUUGGCGGGGGAUCCGUAUGUUAACUUCCUUCUUGGAGGUUUAUUGGAAAUACCUGCUGAUAUCUUGACGCUGAUUCUUCUCAAGAAAAUUGGUCGGAAGAAAACGUGUAUCUUCUUCCACACAGGGGUGGGUUUGUCCCUUUUAAUGACUGUAAUGGUUGCGGCCUUGGCAGAGGAAAGCCACACGACUGGAAUAGUGCAGACAGUCUUCUCAUUGGUUGGAAGGUUCUUCAUUGGCGGCUCCUUCACUGCAAUAUGGAUAUACACUCCAGAAUUGUUUCCCACUAACAUCAGGAAUAUUGGUGUCGGAAUGGCAUCUAGCACAGCACGAGUUGGAGCGAUGGCCUCACCCUUCUUCAAUUCACUGGCUCGAGUGGCUAUUUGGGCACCAGGCGCCAUCUUCUCAGCAGCGUGUUUGCUAGUUCCGUUCCUCAUGACGUGUUUACCGGAGACUGCCGGACGAGAACUUCCGCAGACGAUCAGCGAAGUGGCAAGAUGGCGGAAACAGGAUAUACUCGACAAGACGAAAGGAAAACCAACUGACGACAUUCAGUUUGAGAAAAUGUAGAGUGUGUGUGGGUUGGCUUUUUUUUAGAAUGAGAAAGGUGGACUUUAGUUUAUAUAUAACAGAAAUUAUUGUCUUUCUCAACUAAAUCAUAAAACAGAAAGACGGCUUGAAGGGUGUAUACUACCAAAUCAAAUCCCAUAGACGACAAUAGUAACAUAUAUGUCUAAAACUCCUACCUGCAACGUAUCAAUCGACAUAAACGCCACG